UUUAUGUCUAACAAUAGCAGUUAUCGUUCGCAUGUAUCUGUAUAUGAUCAUGAACAAAACAUUCGAAAAAUCCCUUGGCAACAGCACUUGUGACGUCACAACCAGAGUGUCUCAUGGAGCCUCGCGCAGCCUGAAGUUCAGCUCAUCUGUUUUCUGCUGCAUCAAUCGAUCUGACUAGUGUUGUAGUACAUCUGUGGUGAAAAGUCGCUCAAAUUGUGUUAUAUCACUCUGUCUGUGUGUUAUAUCACUUGAUUUGUAGUUUUUCACUGAUCUGUGUGCUAUAGAAGUUAAAUCGAUUUGUGAUAAAGUUUGUGACAGAACAUCAGCGAGACACCUGACGCAAUGGGGCAGUGCACAUCUCACAGCUGCACUGCAGUCCAUGAUCCUUCUGCAUGUAUGUCACCAACACCUGUCCCUGAGAGAGUAGAAAAGAAGAAGAGAGGGAGGCUUUUUACAUGGGCUUUUUCUAGGAAAUCCAAGAAAACGCCCAUCGAAGCCCAACAGGGUCGGUGCAGAAAUUGCAGGAACCAAAAACCUCAGAGAUGCUCUGAUGGUGAAGAUGAACAGAAGAUCAACACCCAGAGCAUCAACACUCCCAGCAACAACAACAUUGUUCAUUCACUGGACAAAGCUGAAGAGAGCAGUGACACUAACAGUUCAGUGUUCAGCCAUGUGUCUCCCUUCAGCGGUGUGAGGGUAGUUAAAGUAGAUGUGCAUAGAGCUGAAGACAGCAGCGCCACUACACUGCACAGCCAUGUGUCUUCCUUCAGCGCUGUGGAGAAGGUUAACAAAGAUGAAGCUGAAGAAAACAGCAACACUUCAGUGUACAGCUGGCACAGCUGUGUAUCUACCCUCAACACUGUGCAGGAGGUUGAUGCUCCCAGACAAGAGCAAGAGGACAUCAACGGGAACAACAGUACUUCUCCAACUGUCAUCCAGUACUAAAGGGGACCUCAGCGCUCCUUUGUUAUCGGAUGACAAUUUUUGGAAAACUGAGGAUGAAAUUAUCAAUUUAAGUUCAAAUGCAAAGAGAGGUCAGUUUACUACCACAGAGUAACCCCAACAUUAAAGUCUUCUUCAUUAAUGUGGACUGAGGAUGGAUUUUGGUUGUGUGAGGCCCCAUAACACCACAGUAAUGUGUCCAUUUUUAAAGUGUUCUUUCAUUUUAUGGUUUAUACUGUACAUUUACUAUAUACAUCAGUAUACAUGAAGUAUACAUUUUUGUUUCCCUUGGAGAACAGGUGGCACUCAAAUAUGUGUUCAAGACAGAAUGCUAUGAAAAUGAGCGACUUGUAAGUAGGCUGCUGCUCCCCUCAUUUUCUUACUCUCAGAGUACACGGUCACAUUAGCGGUUGGAUAUUUUAACGAAAUUUUGCGGGCAAAAAAGGUCCAUUGUCAAUAGAGUAUUAACUUUCAAAUCAAGCAGCUUUCUGUUGGUCAGCAUGGCAAAUUCACAUGACCAACAUGAUCGAGCUUUUCCACCCUCACGCAAAACUCCAGAGCGUGUGGAUUCCUGUUAAAAUGACUGAAUUUUGCCCCGCGAAAUUUCGACAAUCAUCCGUAAAUGUGACCGCAACUUCAGUAACUAUUUCCAGUUGAAUUAGUUUAAAGACUUCAAACCUACUUAGGACAUAAUGAAGAUGAGUUACAUCACGUCCUCUAAUUAUCUCACUUUUGUGUAACUUUUAUCUCCUGUAGAGUCUAUUUGGCAAAUUGCUUCCAAACGAGGUCGCUAUGAUGAUUCGUGUGAGCGAAGGCCCCAGCGUUCCCCAAAUAAUAAAGCUGCUGGACUGGUAUGAGACACGGAAUCACUACAUACUGGUCAUAGAGCGGCCCACGCCUUGCAAAGAUCUGCGGCAGUAUUUAGUGCAAAAUGGUGGCAGAAUCAGCGAGUCAAAAGCACGAGUUGUGAUGCAUCAAGUUGUUACUGCUGCAAGAAUAUGCUUUGAAAAGGGAAUCUACCGCAGCGACAUCAAGCUAGAAAACCUGCUAAUCAAUGAGAACAGCUUGCAGGUCAAAUUAAUCGACUUCGGUGUUGGUAGAAGCUUCAAGACGUUUGGUUAUACAAGGUACAUUGGUACAAAACUUUACGCUCCCCCUGAAGCUUUCCGCAGAACAUGGAGGUACCACGCCAAGCCGGCAACAGUAUAUUCUUUAGGUGUACUGUUGUUUGUGAUGCUGUUUGGGAAGUACCCUUACAAGGUCAAACCUGAGGUCAUCGCCGACAUCUUGAGAAAAGCAGGAAUUUCCAAAGAAAGCAAAGAACUGAUAUCUUCGUGUAUGGAGACAGAUCCAACCAAGAGGAUUGACUUGGACAAGAUCCUCGACCAUGACUGGUUCCAAGUUUUGCUCCUUAAGCCGGAGAGUCAAAACGAGGAACCCAUAUUGCCAGCAUCUGUUCUGGAGGACAUUUUCAUUGAUGUGGUUCUCCAGGAAGGCGACAAGGCCCCUUGUCUGACACUGGCCCUUGUGUGCACUUGCUUCAGAGACCUUGUGACACAGGAAGCCUUCAGGAGACGAGCCCAUAUUCUUUGGCUUGACACGUUCCAUGUGAUUCCUAGUGUCUCCUCGUCUUCUGUGAGUGUCAUCGUGUCACGUCUGCUCCACGCCUGCCUGCUUCCACGAUCUCUGGGAAAGAUAAAGACAAGUAUCAGAUCCAGUAUCAUCUUCAGUCACGAACUUAACCUGCUUCCACUCACCUGCACUCUGCCAAUGUUCUCUGAAGAAUAUAUACUUCAGUAA